AUUUCCCGGAUUUCCGAACGUGAGAAUUGCAUGUACCAAAGUCAUUUCGUCUACAUUAUCAACUUGUCCUUUCAGAAAAAAAAUAUUUUCACAAAGAUUGAGUAUCAUAUUUAGUCAGGAGUGAACUGCAAACAUUUGGAGAAGGAUUUCCACAGAGAUUGGCCACCAAUAGUUGGGCCAGCCCAACUGCAGCACACUACAAUUGAGAAUGUCCCAACUAGAGUUGGGACUGAUGCUGUACUUAAGGCGUAACACACGGUGUCACUAAAGAACAGCUCGGAAAUUUAGGUCAUGUUUGUGCCAGUUGAGGGGCUGCAUUAACUCCUUUUUUCAACUGAUUAACGAAAAUGAGUGGACCAGGACCACAUAAUCUUGACAGGGUGCCAGACCAAGAUGGCUACCUCAUCAUCAAUGGGGAUGGAGCAGUAAUGGCUUCUUCAGGUGAUUUGGAGAAUGAUGAGAGAUUAGCUGGAAUCCUGAUGAAUAUGGUUCGUCUAGCAAGCAGAAUCAAAAUUAAUCCAGACAAACCAGAGACUUUCAAGAGACUGUCAGUUAUAUUCGAUGACUUCAUGUACGUGGUGACCAUAUCUAGUAGCAAGGUUUAUGUCAGCAAACGACGUCACAAUCCAAGGGAGGCUGUAAUGGCUUAAUUAUUUUUAGUUUACUUUUGGUUCCUGAUUGUCAGAUGAUAUGUAGAUUUUCCAUUAUAAGUAUCCCCAUACGACAGUGACACCACACUUGGUCAAAUACUUGUACUUGUAUAUAUUUGCAUUUUAAUUAGCAGAAUUAGCUGCUUGGUAAGGUUGAGCUCAUUGGAAGUAUAAUACAGAUUGUUGGAUAAUAAAUACUGUUGAAACUAAUAGGUCAUUAAAUUGUAAAGCCAGAACCUUUUGUAGAGCCACAAUUUUGGCAUCAAUAUCGCAGCCAUACCUGAAUAUGUCUUCAUCUGAGGAGGACGAUAUUUCGAGCAGACUUUCAAAUGUGACUUUACGUGGUGAAAAUGGUACUUUCAAGUGCUCCAGGGCUCGCUGUGUUGUUUGCCAAGAUAACAUCAAGCCAUCAGCCUCCUUCACUAGCUCACAUACAAAAAUAACCUACCAAACAGAUAGUUACAUUGAUUGUGACUCUAAAGGUGUCGUGUAUCUCAUUACUUGUGGAAAUUGUGAUAAGCAGUAUGUUGGACAGACUGCAAGACCCCUCCGUCAACGGAUAUAUGAACACAGAAGUUCUGUCGGAAACCGCCAAUAAUCAUGAUAAUGCCAUUAGGAACCACUCCUGGUGCUGGUCUGUGGCUGAUAUGGAGGUACAGGGUAUAGAAAUGGUUAAUGUCUUUGACCUUCACCGCAGAGAGGCACACUGGAUAAAGGAUUUUGAAACCAAAGAACCCAAUGGCCUUAACAUACGACGGUGAAGAUUACAAUCAGGUUUUCCUCAUUGUCUUUUGCAAUAUAAAUCAUUGUACUGGUCAUUCCUCUUUGGGAUUAUCGCCAUUCUUUGGUCACCUUCUGGGUUUUCCUUUCCUUACUCCACUUUCUUUGCACUUUUACCUUCCCUUCAUAUCCUAGUUACCCUCUUGUUCUGCGGUACAGUAUCCCUCAACCUUGCAUCCCAAGCCCUCCCUCUUCUUUCGUAAAAAAUCCUAAUGCUGUGGCUAUGUAAAUAUACUUUUGAAAUGCAGUUUUAUUUAGUGGAAUUUUUACGUUACUACUAAGAAAAACGUCAUAAAGGAGAUACUUUACCUUACUCGUGCGAUACACAAAUAAGAACAGAAAAAGAAUCUGGUAUAUCACUAUAAAGAUGUGCAUUCUUUUAUUACAUCAAGUAUAAAUCUACAUGUAUAUACAGUGAAUCAAUUAAAAACAGGUUGAUGGCUAGUGUAUUUUGUGAAAAUAGUCUUUGCAGCCAGAAUUGACAUUGGUUAAGUUAAAAAGGUGUCCAAGCUUUGAUUUUAACAUCUCCCAGUGUGACCUAUCCAAAUUCACUCCUGCUGAUAGGAAACAAAUGCUUUUCAAGCUGUCCAGGUUUGACCUCCAUCCCAACCUUGUUUGUCAUUGUAAAGAUCAAAGUAGCAAGUGUUUUCAAGAUUGGAUCCAAACCCCUACAUAAGUUUCUAUUCACAUAUGAAUUUUAUCUAUACAGAUUUGGUCACAUUUGAGAAGAGACAAUUUAUUAAAGUACCAUGGCUGCUGUUAAUUUAUCAUAAUUGUACUAAUUGAACAAAGGCUUUAAGCAAGUUACAAAUAAAUAUCGAAUAUGUGAAACAAACUUAGAUCAGUUGUAAGAAUGUUCAAUAAAUUGAACAAAUCAUCCUA